CAGUUCCAUCGAAGGCGCUCUAAUUGCUUUGUUAGUAUGGAUUACUGUACAAUAUGAAUUAUCUCGGGGUGUUUCGACCUACCCGAUUAUCUGGUGUCUACCUCCAGGUAUAUGCCAGACCUGAAGCUGAUGAACACCGAACUUGAUGCGCUUUCAUGAUCCCUGGUUCAAUGAGAACUGGGCUCUUUGGCGGGCUAUCCCCUUUUUAUGGCAGCCAAAUACUCAUCUGGUCAUUCUUACAUGUAUGGACCGGAACCCGCCCCUCUCGAAGGGAAAUGGCUACCUACCGCCAGAGGACGUACUUUCCUAGUCAGCGGCCGAAGUUGCCAGAAAUGCGCUCAGCAUCAAACUUUUAGACUACAUUGUGCUUUGAGUCUGUUGUUUUGUUUAAGAUAAUAUCCGUUUUCAUCAUAAUUCUAUCCAUCGUUCGUGAUACUGGUUUUAGCAGCAGCACAACAGCAAUAGUAUUCUACAUCCAGCUUUCAUAUCCAAUUUCAGUUAUCGAGUAUGGUUUCAAGAGCAUCAAGCGCUACAGUUAACCCCCUGAAGAGACCCAAAUCCACUUCUUCUGUUAAGUCUUGCCGUCACAUCCCCACUGUCCCAGAACUUAUAAAUUCUCAGGCUGUGCAUUACCAUGCAAUGGCUGCAGCAUCAAUUGCCAUGCAGCGUUCCAACCAACGAAGCUCUAUGGAUGUAAGAGGACAUUGCAACACAUCACAUAGUGGGGAUAGCGAAGCGGACGCGUUCUCCUUUCACUCCUCUAGAGCUCGAAGUAUCCGUUUCAUACCUGGCGAUGACAAUGGUGCUCGGAGUCUACAACCGCCCAUCCUGUGCCCAGGUUCUAUAGCUUCCCCAAGUAGCGAUGGGACUGCCAGAAAUGAUCUCGCAUUCAAUCCUGUGGCUGAAGAAUUCAACCCGAAAACGAGUGAGUUGUUUGGAAUUGACAACAGCAUCCCGUCAGCGCCAUCAUCCUAUCGUAAACUCCGCAAAGCCAAAUCUAUGUUCUCAACCCGCAAGCGCGCGAUGAAGUCGUCAGAUUCAUCCUAUUCACCUUUUAGAUCCAAUACCUACUCAGAUAGCUCUGAAAUGGGCCACCUUUCUCAAGCGACACUGCGUCGAUCAAAGUCUUUCUUUGGCGCAGAGAUCACCCGGCAGCCAGAUGAUGUGAAGCGGACACAAAGCCAGAACGCAGCAAUUCAGUUAGCCCGUGAACAAUAUCUACAGGAACUACAGCACCCGAAGCAAAACUAUGGGUCAGAAUCUAUUCUUAGCGGGAGAGGACGACACCAACCAAGGCCCUUUAGAAAAUCUCUUCGGUCUUCUAGUGGUGGGGAUGUCGAAAAUGGAAUCCCAGAUGCUAUGAAACCCGGCGUAAUUCACACCAGUAAAAACCUUCGAAGCUCAAAGUCAAGAAUCUUUUCGGCGUCAAUCAAAAAUGGCCUAAAGAGGAUAUUUGGACGAGGUUCGGUCGCGCAAGAUGAAAAAAAAGUAUCCACUGCGCAGCGCACGCAUCGAUUAGGAUUCAGUGACUAUGUCAGUUCAGAAUCGACAGGACUAACGAGCAUUGGCAACCGGCCAGCGAGUAUCAGGACGAUGAGAAGCUCGGAUAGUUUCGGUACAUUCAGUUCCCGCGCAACGAGUUGGGCAGAUUCAACCGCUACCACUACUACGGCUGCUAGAGAUACUGUAUCUGAGAGAAAUGGACUUUCUAUCAUCCAAGAAAAUGGUGGCCCACUCGAGCCCAUCCCUUCCCGAUCGUCUUUUCAUUAUAACGAUGGGUACUCCGUCUUCCGAAAGCCUUUAUAUCCAGGGCGCAGUGGUAAUAAUGCUUCUGAUGCCGUGGACAGCCAGCGGGUAUACUCCGCUCUCUUGAGACAUAUUGAUGGGUCCCACCACCCCGAUGAAGGUGAUAUAACUCCAAGAGCAGGAACUGUCCGAGGAUCGCUAUAUAGCCCUUCAUCGUCAGUAUACUCAAACCACACCGCCAAGAGCAUUCACCAUGUACCUAGCGAGGCGUCAAUGAGAACCAUCAGAGCGUUGCCUCCGGUGCGGGGCCAAUCUCCAGGUUCACAAAGCCAGAUUUCGGUAGGCUCGAACUAUCGCAGAGAAGCAGCUGCUAUUAUACCUCAAGAAAUUGCUCAGCGUAACGAAAACAUGACUCGCUAUCGCUCAAUGCAGUCGCUUCAUCGGUCAAGAUCGUCCCUUUGUCAACCUAGACGUCAUAUGCGAUCCGAGAUUCUGAACCCGUUUGUCCCGCCUCGAUUUUCCUCCUACGAACGAACAACGGGCUCCGACGAUGACACUGGAAGUGUGAUCGUAUCGCGGCCCGAUGUUAUUGACCGAUCUCCUGUCUCCCCAAGUGUGUAUUCGCGGACGACAAGCGGGGAUAGUCCGGAUCGUCAGGGAAGCAGGAGAGAUUUGAGUUUGUCAGAAGCUAGCGAUGAGCGAGGUACGGUUACUAUCCUUGCUAGCGAGAGACUGCCAUACAAACCAAAAGAUACUGGCGGUUAUUCGUGUAGCAACAGCCAAAUUAAGGGUAGUGCCGAGUGGAAAUCGUGGAUGAACUCGCAAAUGGACCUUUUUGAUACUACUCCUGAGAGCUAUGCAAUGGCUCAGAAUCCCAAAUUUCCCAAUAGUCAUUACCGGGAAAGGACGGAAAUUCAUGACGAGUCGAAGGAUGAAAUACACAAGAAGUCGUUCACCACGUCCCAAACAAGCGAAUAUUCUACUGUAGAACCUAUUCAAGAACCAGUAUCGUUUGAUGUCGACCAAAGACCACCGCUAGUGGAAUUAAAACCAAUUACGAAAAAUAACUUUUCGCGGCCUCUCUGCCUGUCUUCUGAUAUACCUAUCUCCAUUUCUCGCCCUGUUGUUCAGAAGCCAUCGGUAGUUACCAGAUCGGAAUCUCCCCAUAGUGUUCAUUUAACCGACGUUAAUCUUGGGAGAUCCACGCCAACAGACUCUAUUCUUCCGAGAAGUGCAUCGAGAAGUCCCAGUGCCUCUGCCUCUCCAAAGUUACUGUAUGAGAAGUCCAGGUGCCUGGAACUUUCUACUUCGCCAGUUACACCUACAAGAGCUUCGAAAGCUGUCCAUAGUACUAUCUCUCUUUGCAAUCACAGUGAAAAUGAUAGCCCAAGCAGACGAGUAAGCGACCCUAGAAAAUUAGCCCCAACGGCCAAUUUUAGCUCUGUUCGCAACAGGAGAGACAAUGGCCGAGUCACAAAUGAAAACUCAAGGGGAGGCAGAGUCACUACGAAGGGCGACCUGCCGGCCUUAGGAGAUAUACACUCGACAAUUAGCAGCAAACGCAUGGUGGACAUAUUCUUGAGUCAGAGACGGCGUCAAAUGGGUGGAACGGAGAAAGGUAUGGAGUACGCUUUUAUCUAGCCCUACUCUACCUUCGCAACUCCAUACCAGCUUAUGUCACUCCUUCUACUCGGUUAACGGGGGACUUAUGAAUUGGAAUAGUUUUUACGCCUCAUUUGGAACGUACACUACUACCCCAUUCAUACCUGUCUCUCUUAUUCUGUUUACACCUUUUGCUAUUUGGAUAUUCCUCGUUCGUAGUAUAAAGGGAUACUAUGCGCUUCUUUCUUAUUCAUUCUGUCUCUCCUUCAAAACCUCUUGGUGGUUUCUCACUAUGUUCCUGCCAGUAUACCUGUUAAACCUAAUUAAAGUAUUUCAGUUACCGUAUUUCCCUUUGUUGAGAGUAUAUCAACGAUUUUUUUUUUUUUUUUUUCGGUUUUUGCCACGGGGGUGGGGCGGUUAAUCGAUUCGCAGCGCCAACUCGUUCCGUAAUCAGUUUACAAAUGCGUCGCUAUUUUCCUAAUUUUCAUCAUGCACCUACUUAUAUUUGACGUCACUUUUUCACGGCGGAAACUCAAACUUUCUCCAAAACCGCUUUUUGGGAAUCUUGGAACCCCCCAAAAUUUCUCCCGCUCUCGUCCCAGAGAUCAGAUGGGAGCGGAAACCCAAAUAUCCACUUUAUUCUUUAUAGUUUUCCAGUUACUUUUCUAUGCAAAGCGUAUAGCAUUCCCGAUUCGUUGGCUAUGAAUGACUUACCGCGAUAUGUAUUGGGAGCCAUCGUGAUAUGAUUAAUGAUUGAUAUGUUGCUAUAAGGCGAGCUUGUAAUACCAACAACACCAGUGCCUGUUGCAAUCAGUGCCCAACAGUGCGGUCCCC